AUGGCGUGUCAGCCGUUGCACUUGAUAUCCUGGAACGUGGCAGCUCAUCGUAAAUUUAGCCUUCACCGCUCGUGUCUCAUGUUUUGUGCCGGAACCACGCAGCUGGCACUCUUCAACGUGUACGUGCCCAAUGACGGUGCCGGCUCCAGCCGUUUGCCAUACAAGAUGAAGUUCUUGACGGCGCUUCGGGAAUGCAUGGGCAAGGCCAAGGCCGAAGGUUACUUUGUGGUUCUUGUGGGCGACCUCAACAUUGCUCGCCGUGCAGAGGCACGGCUGCAGCAAGCCUGGCCUACGCUGCACGCGGCCAUCGAGGCACGAUCGGUCGAGCCAAUCGAGGUCUCUUUCAAGGGCACGGGUCGUCAAACCAAGUAUCGUUUAAUCUUGCGCAGCGUUGCUGGCAAGAAAGUGAUCAUAGGCUCGACCCAUACCGACGAACAGCGAGCUAGGCACUCGGUGUCCUUGGAAGCACGCCACGUUACGGACCCUGACGACGCCACUCGCAUCCUCCGCGUCCAUGACGGUGGUGAACUCCACGUUGAGCAGUUGAUUGACAUUUGGGAAAAGGUAUUGGGCAUUGAGCUCGCCGAGAUGGAGCGACGUGCGCUGGCUACAAUAGCAAACCGAGUUACCAGCCCACCGUGUGGGCGGUGGAUCGAUGAUUUGCUGUCUGUCCCCUCGUCAGUGCCCCAGAAUCCACUCGCCAUGCUUGAUUCGUUCACAACGCUGCACCCGACUGCACAAGCACGCUUUACCUGCUGGGAUCAGUACAAGAACCGUCGCUACGAGAAUCGCGGGUCACGCAUUGAUUAUGUGUUGCUGGAUCAGGACUUGGCUGGUCUCUUGGUUGGCAGCAUCGCACCACCGCCAGCGCCCCCCGGUUCAGGGGAGCCCAAUGAUCGACCCUCCCUCGUUACCACGGCUGCUGCCGACUGCGCCAAUGCGCCACAACUUGUGGCCAAUGGAUGGUGCCGUAAUCCCCACUGCGAGCGCUGUGCGCAGGCUGCCACCACAUCCCAGUAUCGUGAUCACAUCGGCGUUUCAGCGCUGCUCAAGGUUGUGGUACAAACGACGCUCGAGCAGCAGGAGGCACGAACACGCGCCGCACAGCCGUUCAAGUCACAAACCCGCAUCAGCUCCUUUUUCAGCAAGUCAGGAGAGGGUGUUGCAAGCGUGGCACCCUUGAUCAAGCCCAAAAUUUCAGCGGCUGCCAAGAGCCCGUCUAAUUUGGAGUUGCCACCCAGUCAAGCCUCCUCACCUUCAACUGUUCCAGACAGCGAGCAUCGACCGUCUCCAAAACGACGCAAGUCGGCUUCGAGCGGCGCCUCGCGGAAAGGACGAGCCAAUAGCGUGAGUGGCUCGAGUCGUAGUAAGGGAAGUCUCAAGCCCGUGGCUACAAAGCACCGUAUUUCGACGUUCUUUCAGUCCGCCAGCUCCACCAAAAGUUGAGAGCUCGACACGAUGAGUUUGCAAUGAGCGUUUCAGUAAUGACAGUGAUAAUAAUUGAAGAUGCAAAUGC